AGGGGGCGGACAUAACAAAGACACUGCAUAAACCAACCCCAUACCCAUAAAAUUGCUCUCAUUAAUUACAACCUAUUCCAUUUCCUUACUUUGUAUUUCAAUUUAGUCCUCCAUCUCCGUUUCCUUCGAAAACCAAGUUCUCUUCUUCUCUACAUUCUCCUUCCAUGGAGUCCGCUGCUGUUCUCCGAUCCUUCAAUUGUGCAGUGGGCACAACUUCACAUACAAGGUCUUUCAUUGAGAAGCCUGGUAUGGUUCCGGCAUAUAAUGCUAGCCAAUUCACCCCAAAUAGAUCUUGCAUCCAAAAUUUGACUAUUGGUGGGAAGUUAAUGUACUCUACUAAAAAGCAUAAGGGGAUGCUGGUAUCAUGUGUAAAGACAUCAGAUGCUAAGGAUGUAGCUAAGUCCAAUGAUUGCAUUCCCCAAGGUCCAUUGGAGAAAGCCCCCCGAAGUCCAACUUUUCCUAAUGGAUUUGAGGCAUUGAUGCUAGAGGUCUGUGAUGAGACAGAGGUUGCUGAACUGAAACUAAAGGUUGGAGACUUUGAGAUGCAUUUGAAGCGAAACAUUGGAGCCACCAAAGCUCCAUUAUCCAACAUCUCGCCAAUAUCACCACCUCCUAUUCCAACUAAACCAAUGGUUGAAUCUGAUCCUGCUACACCGCCACCAUCACCACCCAAAACCUCUCCUAAAAGUACCAGUCCAUUUGCAAAUGUCUCUUUGGUGAAGUCAUCAAAGUUAGCAGCCUUGGAGGCCUCUGGAUCUAAUGCAUACGUUCUCGUGUCUUCGCCCACGGUUGGUUCAUUUCGAAAAGGAAGAACGGUGAAAGGAAAGAAGCAACCACCUAUCUGCAAAGAGGGUGAGCUAAUUAAAGAGGGACAAGUAAUUGGAUAUGUGGAUCAGUUUGGUACAGAACUUCCUGUAAAGACAGACGUUGGUGGAGAAGUUUUGAAGGUCCUCUUUGCUGAAGGAGAAGCUGUUGGUUACGGAGACCCACUUAUUGCUGUCUUGCCAUCAUUUCAUGGUAUCAGGUGAAGAGCCUCUUUGCAAAGCAAAUUCGGGUAAUUGUUUGUGGUUGGAGAUCUCUGAGGCUUUUGCAAAACUCGACUCAUUUUUUUUGGUCUUCCUGUUUUUAGCUUGUGGCGUUGCUAGAUUCAAUAUUAAGUUGGUGACUUUUGUAAUUGUAGUCGUUUAAAAUGACUCGACGUCAAGGAAUAAUUAAUUAAGUCUUAUACUGAUGAAAAUAGAUUUGUUUUAGAUAAAGCAUUUUUCAUUGCUUGUUGAACUAUGGAUGAUUGAUGUGCAAGUGUGUUGCUUCUGUAAA